AUGCAGGCGUUUUGGAGCAGUCUAACAGUAUCGAGGGUUUUGGUUUAUUAUCUGACAAGCGGCGAUAACAAGGAUCAAAAGAAUGGGGUGCAGGAGAGAAAGCAUCUUGGGGGGUCAAAUUCAGAUUUGUUGUGUAAAAUUGGAAGUCUCGUGGGAUUCGUAGAGCAGACGGCAAAAGUGCCCGAGUCGUUAUACCUUCAAAAGAACGAAUUGGUGUACGAAGUGGUGAGGCUGGUGGGCGAAGAUUACAGAAGUGUCCAAUCCGAAAUGUCCUUUCAGGUGGAUGAAAUUGGGAAAAGGAUGGAAAUUUUGGAUGUGGGGGAAUUGGGCGAGCUGAUGGGUUAUCUGGAGAGAAAAGAACAGGGCAGAAGAAAAUUGGCGCUUUUGUUUGUGGAUAGAAAAAGAAACGAUGCGUUUUGGGAUUUGAUUAACCAGACGAGAACAGAGAUGGGGAUGAAGAAGCGGGAGGUCGAGGGAAAGUGGCUAAAGGGGGAACCCGACCCGUUUCUUGAACCGGGCCAACGGAUAGCGAUUCCAGCGGGCGGAGGAUGGGCCGGUAAGAUCAGGAACGGCGUUCUUUAA